AGGGACCUAAAUGAUAUUUAAUCAAACCUGAUUUUUAUUUCCAUAUACACCCUUUAGAGCCUCUAUAUAUCAAUUGACGCAGCCAGAAAGACUAGCCACCACUUUCCUAGUUGAAAUCCAUCUCUUAGAUUUCUCUUCUCUGCUUCUACCCUGUUUAGCCAUGGCAAGAUCUUCGAUCAAACCCACUCCUCUUUUGAGAGAUGAGCUCGAUAUCGUAAUACCCACUAUUAGAAAUCUUGAUUUCUUGGAGAUGUGGAGGGCAUUUUUUGAGCCAUACCACUUGAUCAUAGUCCAAGAUGGUGACCCAUCAAAGACCAUUAAGGUUCCUGAUGGUUUUGACUAUGAACUUUACAACAGAAAUGAUAUUAAUAGGAUUUUGGGUCCUAAGGCCUCUUGCAUUUCCUUCAAGGACUCUGCUUGUCGUUGCUUUGGUUACAUGGUCUCGAAGAAGAAGUAUAUCUUCACUAUCGAUGAUGAUUGCUUUGUUGCCAAAGACCCAUCAGGCAAAGAGAUUAAUGCACUUGAACAGCACAUCAAAAACCUUUUAAGUCCAUCGACUCCGCAUUUCUUCAAUACUCUUUAUGAUCCAUACAGAGACGGUGCAGACUUUGUCCGUGGAUAUCCUUUCAGUCUCCGAGAGGGUGUUAUAACUGCUGUUUCUCAUGGCCUCUGGCUUAACAUCCCUGAUUAUGAUGCUCCCACACAGCUCGUGAAGCCUCUUGAGAGAAAUACAAGGUAUGUCGAUGCUGUUAUGACAGUACCCAAAGGAACCCUUUUCCCAAUGUGUGGCAUGAACUUGGCAUUUAACCGUGAGUUGAUUGGACCGGCAAUGUAUUUUGGGCUCAUGGGUGAUGGUCAGCCAGUUGGACGCUAUGACGAUAUGUGGGCUGGCUGGUGCAUGAAGGUGAUAUGCGACCAUAUGGGAUGGGGAGUUAAAACCGGUUUGCCCUAUAUAUGGCACAGCAAAGCUAGCAACCCAUUUGUUAACCUGAAAAAAGAGUACAAGGGCAUAUUUUGGCAGGAACAACUGAUCCCAUUCUUCCAAUCUGUUGUGCUUCCAAAGGAAUGCACCACCGUCCAGAAAUGCUAUAUCGAACUUGCCAAGCAGGUUAAGGAGAAGUUUGCGGAUGAAGAUCCCUACUUUGUUAAACUAGCAGAUGCCAUGGUUACUUGGAUUGAAGCUUGGAAUGAACUUAACUCUCCUGAAGGAAAAUCUGCAACUGGAAGUGCAAAGCUACUCAAUGGCACUGCAAAAUGAGCAAUUUGAAAACCAGUUACUGCUUACCUUCUUAGUACUAAAUCUGUUAGUUGCCUAGUUGGUUUAGCUUCAAUAUUAUCAUUAUUUAUUAUUUAUUAUUGUUAUUAUUAUUAUUGAAUUUUUUUCCACUAUUGAAUGAAUUUGAGAGGAUUUCUAGAACUUUUAGAAAGGUAAAUUCUAAUGUAUUUAAUAUGGAGCUUAGAUAUUUGAGGCAAUGGGAUUUGAAAUUGAAUUGGGCAUGAUUUACUGGAAA